AUGGUUGCCAAGACGAGGCGACAGCUCGCCAAGCUCGCGCUGCUUCUACUCGCCCUGCUCCUCCUCGCCGCCAUCUUGCUGUGCGUCUUCUUGAUCCCGCGCCACCACAGGAGGCCGCUGCCCCCUGCGUCGCAGCCGGGGAACGCGUCGAACCCCGACGACAGUAUCGUGGCGUUCGACUUCUCCCCGUACCUCAUCAUGUACAAGAGCGGCCGCGUGCACCGGCUGGACGGCACUGCCCGGUGCUCGGCCGGCGUCGACGAGGCCACGGGGCCGGACCGGGCUCACGGCACGGAUGUACCUGCCCCCGGCGCAAGCGGGACGAAAAGCAAGGACAGUGGCAGGCACCCGGUGCUGGUGUUCUACCACGGCGGCGCGUUCGUGAUCGGGUCGGCGUUCACGCCGCUGUACCACGCGUACCUGAACGGGGUGGUGGCGGUGUCCAUGGAGUACCGCCUGGCGCCGGAGCAUCGGCUGCCGACGGCAUACGACGACUCGUGGCAGGCGCUCAACUGGGUGGCCAGGAACGCCGCAUCCGGGCCGGAGCCGUGGCUGCGGGACCGGGGCAACCUGUCCCGGCUCUUCGUCGCAGGGGACAGCGCCGGCGCCAACAUCGCACACAACAUGGCCAUGGAGACGGAAGGCGGGGGGCGGCUGGACGGCGGCGCGGCCAUCACGGGGCUCCUGGUCCUGGACCCUUACUUCUGGGGGAAGAAGCUGGUGGCCGGGGAGACGACGGACCCUGCGCGGCGGCGCCAGUACGAGGCGACGUGGUCCUUCAUCUGCGGCGGGCGGUACGGCAUCGACGACCCGCGGGUGGACCCGCUGUCGAUGCCGGCGUCGCAGUGGCGGAAGCUGGCGUGCUCGCGCGUGGCGGUCACGUCGUCGGGACUGGACGACUUCCGGCCGCGCGGCCUGGCGUACGCGGUGGCGCUCAACGACAGCGGGUGCCACGGGGAGAUCGAGCAGUACGAGACGUCCGGCGAGCGGCACGUCUACUUCCUGGAUAGGCCCAAGGCCCCCAAUUUCAUCAAGGAGCUGGCCUUCGUCACCGGAUUCCUCACCCGGGAGUAG